GAGAGAGAGAGAGGGAGAGAGAGAGAGGGAGAGGGAGAGAGAGAGAGCAAGAGAGAGAGAGAGGGAGACUGACAGGCGUUACCGAGACGAGACGAACACCGAAGCGUCGACAUGAGCGGUCAGUUUGAGGAAGAUCUCCGCGACCGGGGGGAGAGGAAGAGCAGUAAAUCCCCGACGUUGCUCUCCUCUUACUGCAUAGACAGCAUUCUGGGCCGCCGGAGUCCCUGUAAGGUCAGACUGAUAGGGGCGCAAAGUUUGACGGGUCUGCCCGGCAGAGGAGAGCUGGACAAGACGGCUGACGGGUCGACGAAAGACCCCCUGACUCUCAGCGCUGACAUGCACCUGCCACCCAAGCUCCGCCGGCUCUACGGACCGGGGGGGAAGUACCUUCACGACCACGCUGAGAAGCUGGACAGGGAGCGGCUCCUCCUGGAACAAGCGAGCGACAACCUCAAAAUCACCCAGGCGCCGCAGGUGAGCAUCAGCCGCAACAAGUCCUACAGGGAGAACGUGUCGCUGAGCCGGGGAGAGGGCGACCAGAGCCCCGGUGAGGGCUCGGAGGACAGCAGCCUGGGACUGGUGGAGCUCGGCCCGUUGAAGUUCGAGGAGGACGCGGGGAAGGAGGAGGAAAGCUGCGGGGACGCGGCCGCGCUGUCCCCGAAGGACGAGGAGAGGGAGAGCUUGAACGCCGGGGAUGGGGACGUGAGGGACGGGGAGGACAGCGUGUGUCUGUCGGCGGGCAGUGACUCGGAGGAAGGGAUGAUGAAACGGAAGCAGAGAAGAUACAGGACUACCUUCACCAGUUACCAGCUGGAGGAGCUGGAGAGGGCUUUCCAGAAGACGCACUACCCCGACGUCUUCACCAGAGAAGAGCUCGCAAUGCGCCUGGAUCUUACCGAGGCCCGUGUUCAAGUGUGGUUUCAGAACCGCAGGGCCAAGUGGAGGAAGCGUGAGAAGGCCGGGGUGCAGGCCCACCCGUCGGGCCUGCCUUUCCCAGGCCCCUUGGCAGCAGGCCACCCUCUCAGCCACUACCUGGAGGGGGGGCCUUUCCCUCCUCACCCCCACCCGGCCCUGGAGUCCGCCUGGACGGCUGCCGCCGCCGCGGCCGCCGCCUUCCCGGGCCUGGCCCCACCACCCCACAACGGCUCUGCCCCACCCCUGGCCACCCCGCUCGGCCUGGGCACUUUCCUGGGCACCGCCGCCAUGUUUCGCCACCCUGCCUUCAUUGGACCCACUUUUGGCAGGCUCUUCUCCAGUAUGGGUCCUCUGACCAGUGCUUCCACCGCUGCAGCUCUCCUUCGUCAGCCCGCCCCUCCAGUAGAGAAUCCCUCCCACGCGGGACCCGUCCUCCCCGACCCUUCCUCUUCCUCUUCAGCCCCUUCUGCAGCCGCAGCAGACCGCAGGGCCUCCAGUAUCGCGGCGCUGCGCCUCAAGGCCAAGGAACACUCUGCUCAGCUCACCCAGCUUAACAUUCUGUCCACCGGCGCCGCAGGGAAGGAGGUGUGCUGAACACUCAACACCAGCUCUAGGCCUCCCUGUCCCGGGCUUAUGUCCCAUUCCAUGACAACCCCCCCCUUCACCCCCCCAGUCCAAAAACCCACUCAUACCUCUGGAGGCUGAUGUCCUGAUGUCCCCUUGUUCAACCACCCCUGUUACCUCAUGUUUCCCCAACAAAAUAGCACGACCAAAUUCAAAAAGAGCACUGGCUAAAAAAAAAGAGAAAAAAAGUGUGUGUUUGUGUGUGUGUCAACCACUGUAACACUGUUUUACACUCCACACACACACCUUCCUGAAUCACAGUCCAGUAAUUUCUAAUAUUUUCCACGUUCUUCACAAUAUGAAUAUUUUAAGACGCAGAUUUUUUUUUAUGAAGACUUUUAAAUAUUUAUUGAUACUUUGACAAUAAAUUAAACUUGAAUUUGGGCUCUAUAUCAUUCAUACAGGCCAUCAAAUAGUUUUUUUAAGUGCCCAUAAGACAUUCUACUACAUGUGAACACAAGAAAAUAAAGCACACACAUCGCCAAUAGAGGUCUGUACCAAAGUACAUUUGCUAAAGUAUUGUACUCAAGUACAAAUUUUAGAGUAUUUCAUUUUAGUCAAAUAUAAUAUUGUGGUGAAAUAAUAAAUAUUGUACUUUUAAAUUCAACUACAUUUUUUGUCAGAUAUACUAAAAAAAUAAGAUUUUACAUACAAAACAUUGGAUCCACUUAGAAAAUAGGAAGUAUUGUAAUAGAUCAAACUACCUAAUAUAUAAAAUAUUUAAUGCUAUGUAGCCUGUACAUUAAUUUAUCAGUAAUAAUAAUUUAAUGAUAGUUUUUCUACAUUAAG